AUACCGAGUUAUGUUUUUGGUCAAGUGAACUCAAGUGACAGAAAGUCCUGCGUCCACUUGGGAGUUGCAGCCAAAGAACUCUGGGCUCUGCUGGGAGAAGAAAAGAAAGUUGGAGAAGUUUUUGAAUCUGGCAGCGUGACUCUCUUCUUAAUGGCUUCAUCCAGUAGCUCCAGCAAUGACUGCUCCAAGGUCAUUGAUCACAGCCAUGUCCCAGCUUUUGAGGUGGCCACUUGGAUCAAAAUCACCCUCUUCCUGGUGUACCUGAUCAUCUUUGUGGUAGGAAUCCUGGGGAAUAGCGUCACCAUUCGGGUUACCCAGGUACUGCAGAAGAAGGGCUACUUGCAGAAGGAAGUGACAGACCACAUGGUGAGUUUGGCUUGCUCAGACAUCUUGGUCUUCCUCAUUGGCAUGCCCAUGGAGUUUUACAGCAUCAUCUGGAACCCCCUGACCACACCCAGCUACUCCUUGUCCUGUAAGCUUCACACUUUCCUCUUUGAGACUUGCAGCUAUGCAACGCUGCUACAUGUGCUGACGCUCAGCUUUGAGCGCUAUGUUGCCAUCUGUCAUCCCUUCAGGUAUAAGGCUGUUUCUGGGCCCUGCCAGGUGAAACUGCUGAUUGCCUUUGUCUGGGUCACCUCUGCCCUGGUAGCACUGCCCUUGCUUUUUGCCAUGGGUGUUGAGUACCCUCUGGUGAAUGUGCCCAGUCACCGGGGUCUCAAUUGCAACCGUUCUCGAACCCGCCACCACGAGCACCCCGAUACCUCCAACAUGUCCAUCUGUACCAACCUCUCCAGCCGCUGGACUGUGUUCCAGUCCAGCAUCUUUGGUGCCUUCAUCGUCUAUCUCUUGGUCCUGGUCUCCGUGGCCUUCAUGUGCUGGAACAUGAUGCAAGUGCUCCAGAGGAGCAAGCAGGGCACGCUGGCUGGGACCGGGCAACAGCUGCAGAUGAGAAAGUCAGAGAGUGAGGAGAGUCGGACUGCCAGGAGGCAGACUAUCAUCUUCCUGAGGCUGAUCGUUGUGACAUUAGCAGUAUGCUGGAUGCCAAACCAGAUUCGAAGGAUCAUGGCUGCAGCCAAGCCCAAGGAUAACUGGACCAGGUCCUACUUCCAGGCAUACAUGAUCCUCCUACCCUUCUCCGACACCUUCUUCUACCUCAGUUCGGUGGUCAACCCGCUCCUGUACAACGUGUCCUCGCAACAGUUCCGCAGGGUGUUUGGGCAGGUGCUGCGCUGCCACCUGACACUCGAGCAUGCCAACCAGGAGAAGCGCCUGCGCGCCCACGGACGCUCCACCACCGACAGCGCCCGCUCCGCCCGCAGCCCGCUCAUCUUCUUGGCUUCCCAGCGCAAUUCUUCUGCAAGGAGAACUAACAAGGUUUUCUUAAGCACUUUUCAAAGUGAGGCCAAGCCAGAGUCUGAGUCUAAUCCCCAGCAACUGAGUCAGGAGUCACCACAGCCCAACUCAGAGACCAAACCAGCCAAUUCUGCUGUCGAGAAUGGUUUUCAGGAGCAUGAAGUGUGAAAUGUCAAACAAGGAAACCUUGAGUGGGAACUGGCCCUUCCCCCACGAAAGCAAGUCACAAAAUAAACUGUGCCCCAUCCGGGACAGAAUGGAAGCUAGCAGCCGUGGAAAGGCAGAUGCCCACCUUAGCGGCUUCUAAAGGCUGAUUCUGCCAGCCUUGCCUUGCUGGUUAACAUGAACCCGGGUGCUGCACUUCUGCUCCACUCCCUCCCUUGAGUACACAUUGAAAAUUCAGUCCGACUGAAUUUAUUCAGAGCUUACAAAAGUGUUUUACAGGGAGCUCUUUCAUUAUUUGCAAAUGAACGAAAAGAGAACAGACACCCCUCUCUACCCAGAAUAAAAGGACACUCAGAAGAGGUGGGGGAGGUGGAAGAGCGAGGGCCAGAGGAACAAUGCAGGUAGCGAUGGCAUCUCUGUCAGCUUCAGCAGUGUGCCAAGAAGAGGGCUAAUUUAAGGAGCAGGAUGGUGGUGGGGAGCCCCGGCCUGAGGGCCCAAGCAGAACUGCCUCUUUUCUUGGGCCUCGGCCCGUUGCAAAGAGGGGUGUUGCAGCAGCUGAUGCACACUGAGUUCAGCUUCCCUGGGGAGCAGAAGGACUGGUACCCGGCUGAGGCAAUGAGACAGGCCGCUGACGAUGCACACGACUUGCGGUACAUGAUCCCUGCAACACAGACCCAAAGGAGCUGGGUUAAGGUGUUGGCCAAAGGACAGUUAUCCCUCUGAGCCUAAAUUCAAAUGGAGGCUCCUCCUUACUCCUCCCACAGCCCAGAGUCUUGGUGGGGCCAAGGGUUGUUUCACCGAACUCCCCAAGUACACAAGACCUAUGGUGAAAGAGGCAAUCAUUAUUUCACUACUUUUGACAAAAUUGUUCCAAAAGGUAUUUUAGAUGCCAACACCAGUGAAUAAAAAGCUGUUAAAAAUCAAAGCCUGUUUUUUAAAGCUAGUGUUCAUACUUUGUACUCAACACAAAGAUUUUUAUUUACUUUUUUGGUUCAAAAUAUCUCAUGCCAGGAGGACCAUACACAGCUGUUACUACUUUAUCGGUGACCAAAGAGAGAUGGCUCUCAACUGUGUGUUUAUUAUAUCCUAGAAUUCUUUGACUAAAACCCAAAUCCCAAAAAGGAAUAUAAAUCCAGCCCCUACUGCACAGGCCUGAUUUUUCCCAGAGGUGAUGGUCCAUGGGAUUUGAUGGAGAGGUGGCCUGGCUGACAGUGUGCCCAGGACAACUUCAUCCUCAGGGAGGAAGAAGCUCUGCCCUUAGGAUAAAUGGUCAUUUGCCAAGUUGGCAUCAAAAAGCUGGCAUUCAAUAAUGCAUGACAUCCGGGCAUAAAAAAAGAGCUUCCUGAGAAGACUGGAGGGCUUAACUGAAGGAACAUAUGUGCUCUGUCCAACUGCACUGCAGUCAUCAAAUUAGGGUGUCCUAGAUAAUCAUUUGACUUCUGAAAGCCAAAAGUCCACUCAUAUUAAAUAAUAAGUUUAUCUAAGGGCUUUCCUGGAUUCCAGACACUAUUCGGAUGGCUUCAAUAUCCUAGUUCAUUCACUACCGUGCUAUAGUUUGAAUCUGAAGCAUCAGUCAGAGGCCCUCAUGGUAAAGACUUGUUUCCUAACAAGGCACUACAAGGAAGUAGUGGAAACUUUUAAGAAACGGGGCCUUGUAAGAAAGAGGUCUUGGGCCACCCAGGGCAUGCCCUCAAGGGGGAUUGUGAACUUCAGCCUCUUCCUCCCUCUUCUUUCCUUCCUGGCUAUGAGAUGGAGCUCCUACACAUGCCCCCUACUGUGAUUUGUUGCUUUGUCAUCCAUUGGCCCAUAACUGUUGUCUGCAACCUCCACAACUGUU